UAAUUAUUGUCCAGUUUGUGAUUUCAUUUCUAGUUCAAAUUAUACUAAAACUAAAAUCUCAAAUUGGACAAUAAUUUUGGGACGGAGGAAGUAUAUAAUCUACUACUAAUUAUGGCUUAUAUUUAUCCAAAACCAAUUCCCAUAUGCCACAUUUCAUACAAAAAGUAGUAGUACUCCGUAAGAAGCUUUGCUUGGGAACAUCAAUUUUACCUCCAUUAACAUCAACUCCAACAACAAAAAAAAGAGCUUCAGAAAAAGAGAGAGAACAUUUAGGCAUGGCGGUGACUGGAGAAACGGCUGCGAAACUGAAAGUCGCAGCGGAUAAGUAUAGGUCAUUCUUGCAUGAAGAAGGCCAAAACAUCGAGUGGAGGCAUGGCGGUCCUCCCAUUUACGACGAUGUUAACAAGCUUUUUGAACAUGGCCGAACCCAGGAAUGGCCUAAAGGGUCGCUAGAAGAGGUAGUUCAGAAUGCGGUCAAGUCAUGGGAGCUGGAAUUGUCUCACAAAACUCGUAUCCAAGAUUUCAGGACCAUCAACCCUGAUAAAUUCAAGCUCGUUGUUAAUGGAAGAGAAGGAUUAUCGGGAGAGGAAACACUGAAGCUGGGAAGUUACAAUGCAUUGUUGAAGAGUUCAAUGCCGGAGGAAUUCAAGUUCUACAAUGCUGAUGAAGAGAGCUUCGAGUCUUCCCAUGACGUGUUCCGGUCAGCGUUUCCACGUGGAUUUGCAUGGGAGGUCAUCAGGGUUUAUUCUGGCCCCCCAGUCAUUACGUUCAAGUUCAGGCAUUGGGGUUAUUUUGAAGGCCCAUUCAAAGGCCAUUCCCCUACUGGCGAGCUGGUCCAGUUCUUCGGCCUCGCUGUUAUGAAGGUAAAUUGGGGUGGAAGAAAAAGAAUCAGAGGAUUUAAUAAUUAUAAUUAAUUCCCUCUCUCUUCUUCACCCCCAUGACAACUACAUUGACGGUUACUUUUCUGACAUGAAACUCGAUUUUUUUGUUCUUAAGACUUUGUUUUUGCGUAUGGGAUUUUCCGUAAUCCUUCGGUGUUACAUUCCUUUCAAACAUUUGGCUAACUAAUGUUACAAGAAAUGUAACACAAAAAAUCUUUCAUUUUUUUGUCUGAUGAUAAAAAUGUUUCUUAAAAAUUGAAGGAGAAGUGUGAUUUAGGACAUAAUGUUUUGGAUAGGUUGAUGAAUCGUUGAAGGCAGAAGACGUGGAGAUUUACUAUGACCCGGCAGAGCUAUUCGCCGGGUUAUUCAAAGGACCCAUCGAAACCACCUCUGAUCCAGAAAAUGCUACUACUUCAGCAUCAUCAGGUCAUGGCUGUCCUUUUCACAAGUAAUCAAACUGUCCAAAUCCUUUUCAAAGCUUAUCCUAUGGAAGAAGAGUCACAUGCUUUUUCGUAUGGAGGAUGAAAGUUGAUGUUUGCCGCCCCAUAGGCUCAUACCAAAAGAUCAUUUUCGUAAUUACUCCUCCUGCUCCAAAAUGAUAGUCGGACGAUCAAGGGACAGUUUUCCCCUUACUGCACUUCUCUUAGAUUUUCUCAAUCUUGUAAUAAUUAGUAUAUUAUCUUUACACUGUUGGUUUUUUCUUUUAUCCCAUUUCACUGUUUUACAUUACAUGCAUACCAUAUAAUCUCAAACUCC